AUGACGUUGUCCGGUUUGUGUUGUUUGAAUGUGCUCCCUCUGAGCAUUUUGCAGAAGAUUCCGGGUCCUCAUCAGCUGCAGCCCACCCGCAUAGCUCUUGUGGCUUAUGGAGGAACACGUCUGAAGCCAGAAGGCACCGUGAGUCUUACCUGUGAUGUGGCCAGGACAAAGUCAGAUCUUCAGUUCGUCAUCACCAAGCACUCCUCCACUCCAAUAUUAGGCAGAGACGCAUGUGAACAGCUGAAGCUGGAGAAAAGAAUGGAGACCAUUGCAGUCAAGGCACCAGCCACAAAAGAGGAGUUAGUGGACGCCUACCCCUCCAUCUUCAGUGGUCUGGGACAGUUUCCCGGGGUGCAUCACAUUCACACAGACCCACAUGUGACCCCAGUAGUGCAUGGCUGCAGGAAAAUCCCCAUCGCUGUCAUGGACAGGCUGAAAACCACACUGGAAGAACUCGUCGAAAGAGAUGUCAUUGCACCUGUGACAGAGCCCACAGAAUGGGUAAAUAGCCUUGUCAUUACAGAGAAGAAAAACAGGUUGCUCAGGGUGUGCUUGGACCCUCGUGACCUGAAUGAGGCGAUCAAGAGACAGCACUUCUCAAUACCCACCCCAGAAGAAGUACUCCACAGGCUGUCAGGGAAAACCAUCUUCUCCAUCUUAGAUGAAAAGGAUGGAUACUGGCAAGUGAGACUGGACAAGCCCUCCUCAAUGCUCUGCACAUUCAGCACACCGUGGGGCAGGUUUCACUUCAAGAGACUUCCUUUUGGCAUUAAGUCCCCCAGCGAGGUUUUCCAACAGAAAAACUGUGAGACAUUCGGCAACAUUGAAGGAGUGCAUAUAAUUGCAGACGACAUGAUCAUCGCCGCUGCGUCUGAGGAAGAGCAUGAUGCCAUUCUGCAGAAAGUCAUGGACAUGGCACAGAGAAACAAUAUCAAAUUCAACAAAGAGAAAAUUCAAUACAAGGUGGACUCGGUCAGAUACAUGGGACAUGUCACCUUGAAGGGUGUGAAGCCGGACGAGUCCAAGGUGUUAGCCAUCAGAAACAUGCCGCAGCCUGAGGACAAGAAAGGACUACAGAGGCUACUGGGAAUGACAAGGUAUCUCUGCCAAUACAUCCCAAAGGAAGCCAUGAUCACAAGCCCAGUCAGAGAGCUGCUACGAAAAGAUGCUGCCUGGCACUGGAGCCAUGAACACACUGCUGCACUAGACAAGCUCAAGACCGCCCUCAUGCAGGCCCCAAUACUCCAGUUCUUCGACCAGAGCAAGCCACUCACCAUACAGUGCAAUGCAUCAAAAGAUGGACUCGGCGCCUGUCUGCUACAGGAAGGUAGGCCACUGUCUUAUGCUUCACGAGCACUCACAGAGUCUGAGAAGAAUUAUGCUCAGAUAGAGAAAGAGCUGCUGGCAAUAGCUUUCGCAAUCAAGCGCUUUCACCAGUAUGUCUAUGGCAACACAGUGACUGUACAAUCAGACCAUAAGCCACUAGAAGUCAUCUUCAAAAAGCAUCUGAGCAAGGCUCCAGCACGACUUCAGCGCAUGCCAUUGCAGCUCCAACGGUAUGACCUGAGAAUAACCUACACUGCAGGCAAGGACAUGCACGUUGCUGAUACCCUGUCCCGCGCUGUUGUCACUGACUGCAAGGAUGAUGCAAAAGAGGAUCUGUUCGAGGAGAGAGUAGUGCAUGCAAUGGAAGCCACAGACGCACUCCACGCAGACACUCUCUCAAAGCUCAAGGGGGCCACGGCGACAGACAACGUACUGCAACAGGUGAUGGAGCUACACAACAAAGGCUGGCCGAGACGACGGAGCAGUGUUUCCAUCAAUCUACACCAGUACUGGCCUAUGCGAAACUCCAUCAGCAUCAGGGAUGGCAUACUGAUGACUGGUGACAGGAUUGUGAUCCCACAGAGUGUGAAGCAACUGAUGCUUGACAGACUGCACCUCGCACACCAGGGGAUACAGCGGAUGAAAGCACAGGCAAGAAAAGUGAUGUACUGGCCAGGUAUGAUGCAAGACAUUGAACACAUGGUGGAAAGCUGCAGCUCAUGCCAACAACUCCAGCCACAGAAUCACAAAGAACCUCUGAUUCCACACGUGGUACCUGAGCUGCCAUGGCUGAAAAUUGGGGCUGACAUCUUUGAGCUACACAGACAGUCAUACCUCCUGAUGGUGGAUUACAUGUCAAAAUACCCAGAGGUGCUCCACUUACCUGACAAAACCGCCUACGCAGUCAUACGCAAGAUGAAGACCAUCUUCACCAGACAUGGAAUCCCAAAAGAGCUGGUAAGCGAUCAUGUUCCUUUCGCCAGCUCUGAAAUGAGACAGUUUGCGUCGUCAUGGGGCAUAAAGCUUGUCCACUCCAGCCCUGGAUAUCCACAAUCCAACGGCCUUACAGAGAGAAUGGUAAAGACAGUAAAGCAUGCACUUAUAAAGGCAACACAGACUGGCACAGACUCGCACUUAGCUCUCCUGUCACUACGAAACACUCCAGUGACUGGCACAGAGUUUUCACCAGCACAAGUCCUGAUGGGAAGAGUACUGCGAAGCACCUUGCCAAGCUCCACAGCUGUCCUGCAACCAGCUGUCCCGCAUGGAUUUCACUCUAGGCUGAAACACCUACAAGCCAGGCAGGAGCACUACUACAACCGCAACACAAAGACUCUGCCAGAGUUUGCUCCUGGUACCACAGUUCACAUGGCAACACGUCGUGGCUGGGAACCAGCUACUGUCUUAAGCAAAAGAUUGGAACCACGUGCAUACAGAGUACAGACUCCCAGUGGUGUCACAUUCUGGAGAAACCGACGUCACCUGAGGAGAAUCCACCCCAGUCUACACAGAGAAGACAACGAUGACAUGCUGGAGCAACCCAUUGCUUCACAGAGAGAGGACAGUGCAUCACAGGCCCUGCAAGACCAGCGCACUCCUGCCUGUGAACCAAACAACCCCACUCCAGCUGCUCCCACCUACAGCACCAGAAGUGGGAGACUUGUGAAGAUGCCUACAAGGUUCAGGGACUAUGAGUUCACAUAA